UUCUGUUUAUCUUUUUUAACAUACACAAAUAAAUAUUAGUCUGCAUGUGUGUGUAAAUUCUACACUAAAAUAUAUUCAACAAUAAAAAUUAUCGAAAAAAAAAAAAAAUUUCUAACGACCUCCCUGAGAGUGACGACGCCAACUUGCAAAUAAAAAUAAUAAUAUAAACCUAACCUAUAAAUUUUUAUCUUGUCUUUUUUAUUUGUCCAACUCAUUCAACAAUAAAGAAAAAAAAAAGAACAAAGUACUUGAAGUUUAUAUCAUCAUAAUUACGGUCAUCUCCAACUUGUCGCUUUUGUUGGUCAUAUUUAUAUAUUUUUUUUUUUUUUUUUUAGUUCCCUCUCCCGGGGCUCCAGCAUCAGCCAGAGUACUCCCGUCGUCGGUGUAUCAUCACUCGGCCGCUCCUCGUAUCCCAAAUAUUUUUACUCAUUUAUUUAUAAUAUUUAAAAACAAUAAUAUUAGAACAUACAUUUUUUUAUAUACACAUCAUAAAGUUACGUGGAAUAUUAUAUUGUUAUCAAACUUGAGAUAUAUUCAAUGCUCAAAUCAGAAAAACAACAAAAAGUUAUAGAUAAAACGGAGUAAAAAAAAAAAAAAAAAAAAUACCUACAUAUACAUAUGCAUAGUUAGUAGUACACACAUACACACACAGAUAUAUAUGGUGUAAACUAUUGCUGGAUGGACAUUGAAAAAUCAGUGACAGUGAAUCAGUCUUCUAAAACUUCAUUUUUUUUUUUCAAUUUUUUUUUUUUUUUUUAAUUUAUUGUUAUAAUUAUUGUUGAAUUUAAUUGUUUAUUGAUAUUAAAAAUCAAUUGUUGAUUAUUUUGACAUUUAUUGGUGAUACGAUGCAGGCGAUUAAGUGCGUCGUUGUUGGUGAUGGUGCUGUUGGUAAAACGUGUUUGCUUAUAAGUUAUACGACAAAUGCAUUUCCUGGUGAAUAUAUUCCCACUGUAUUUGAUAAUUAUUCAGCAAAUGUUAUGGUUGAUGGAAAACCAAUAAAUCUUGGUUUAUGGGAUACAGCUGGACAAGAAGAUUACGAUAGACUUAGACCAUUGUCAUAUCCACAAACUGAUGUAUUUCUUAUUUGUUUUUCACUUGUUAAUCCAGCAAGUUUUGAAAAUGUUAGAGCUAAAUGGUAUCCAGAAGUACGUCAUCAUUGUCCAGCAACACCAAUAAUACUUGUUGGUACAAAACUCGAUUUACGUGAAGAUAAAGAAACUAUUGAAAAAUUAAAAGAUAAAAAACUUGCACCAAUAACUUAUCCACAGGGUCUUGCAAUGGCCAAAGAAAUCGGAGCAGUCAAAUAUCUGGAGUGUUCAGCAUUAACACAAAAAGGCCUGAAAACUGUUUUCGAUGAAGCGAUACGUGCUGUACUUUGUCCCGUACUACAAGUACAAAAGAAACGCAGAUGUUGUCUUCUAUAAUAUUAAUUUUUUUUUUACUUUUUUUUUUCUUCAAAAAUUAAUGCCUGAUGCAAACUCCUGCAAAUUAUUGUAUAUUCUAUUUUUUUUUCUAUUUUUUUUUCUGUACUAUUUUAAACACUACUAAAAACUCAUUAAUAUGACAAUUUAAUAAUUAAAAGUGUACAUUGUUUAUUAAUUAUUAUGUAUACUUUUGUGUACAAGUGUUUGUCAAUGUCUUUUUGGUUAUUAUUUAAACUUUUGUUUAUCAAAAUGAUAUCUAAUAAACGCGUUGUCGAGUGUAGCCAAUGACAGGAAAAAGAAAAAAGAAAAAAAAAUAUAUGAACGAAUGUGUAUUCAUGUAAUUAUUGCUAUUAUUUUUUUCUUUUUUCACUGUUUCGAAAAGAAGAAUAGAAAUAAAAAUUUGGUGAUUGAGUCGUUGAUGACAACAACAUAAAGAAAAUUAAUAAAAACAAUAGAAUAAACUGACGAUUUAGAUAGUUUAAUAAUAAUUAUUGUUAACUUGUCGAGUGAUUUAACAAAUGACACAAUUAUUAUAUUUAUUUCAAAAAAAAAAAAUAAAUAAAAUCAUGUUAAUCUCAAAUUUCAAACAUGAAAUAAUCAAAUUUAAAGAACAAUAUUUUGUUCUUGGUGCAACCUCGACCUGUUAAACAAUUUUUCAAUAAAUUUUUUUCUCAAAUAAAACAACAAUUAUCACGCACAAUAAUUUUUCAAAUAUUCAUUAUUAUUAAUUGUAUUUAAAAAGACAAAAAAGAAAAAAAACAUUUUAAUAAUGUCAAGUUGAAAAAUAAUAGCUAACAAUUAAAAAUAAAUUUAAAAAAAAAAAUCACAACUGUUGGACUCGUCGUGCUACACGAAGCAGGAGAAUAAAAAAGGGUAGAAAAAAGCAAAAAAAAAAAGAAAAAAGAAUAUUAAUUAAUAAAAAGUAAAAGAGAAAAGAAAAAAAAAAAAAAGUUAAAUAAAUAAAAUAAAUGAUUAUAAUGAUUUUUUUUUGUUCAAUUUGUUCUAGAUGUGAUUGAAAAAUUGUAUGAACGAAUAAGUGUAUGGUUGAAUAAUAAUUAUAAAAUUAUAUAUAUGCUAAAAAAAAAAAAAGGUGUUGAACGAGUGAUGAAAUGGCAAAUAAUUUGUAAAUAAUUGCUAGAGUUCAAACUUAUUUGUAUGUCAUCAUCGUGUCGUUAUGUGUCAGCUCCUAAUCGACUUUAAAAAAAUAUCAACUUAUGACAAAAAAAAAAAAAGCGUUAAUUGUUUUUUA